AACAGUAUAGAUGAGAACGGAAGUGUUGAAGAAAACUUCUCUGCCUUUGCUGAAUAUCACCCCAGUUUGUCUGCAUGCACCAUUGAUAUCCUAGCUGCACAAUUGGAUCACCAGGUUUUGACCUCUCCAAUAUCCCCUGCCAUGGUCUCCUGGGUGCUCUUGCUCCUGUGGAUCUCCGGACAUAGGGUGGAGGCUAUGUUUUCCCAGCAGCCCCAGGACUUGGUGGUAGUGGCAGGUCAGCCGGUGACUUUACCAUGCACUAUUCCCGGAUAUCAUGGCAUUGUCCUCUGGAUCAAAGAUGGACUGGCACUUGGAGUUGGCAGAGACCUCUCUGGCUAUCCACGUUACACAGUGAUUGGCGACCAUGGCUCAGGGGAGCAUCAUUUGCGCAUCCAGCGUGUCGAGCUAAUGGACGAUGCAGUGUUUGAGUGCCAGGCCGUCCAGGCUGCCAUGAGGUCCCGUCCUGCCCGGCUCACUGUGCUGGUACCACCGGACGACCCAGUCAUUGGUGGCGGACCUGUGGUGAGCCUGAGAGCUGGUAAUCCUCUAAACUUGACAUGCCACGCUGACAAUGCCAAACCUGCAGCAUCCAUUAUCUGGAUCCGGAAUGGAGAGGUCCUUAACGGGGCCAUGUACUCCAAGGUAAGCACUGAGACAUUACUCCGAGACGGCAGGAGAGAAAGCACAGUGAGCACACUCUACCUUUCGCCUUCCAACAUCGAGACUGGUCAGCAGAUUAUCUGCAAGGCCUCCAACAAAGCAGUGCCCAAUGGCAAGGAGACCAGCGUCACUAUUGAUGUUCAGCAUCUCCCUCUUGUCAAUCUCUCAGUGGAGCCUCAGCCUGUUUUGGAGGGCAACCUUGUGAAAUUCCACUGCUCUGCAAAGGCCAACCCUCCCGUUUCGCUCUACAGGUGGGCGAAAGGUGGGAACAUGCUCAAGGAGGUCUCUGGGGACACCUAUGAGGUUAUCGUGGACCAUUCAUUCUUCACAGAGCCUGUUUCUUGUGAAGUUACUAACUCGCUUGGGAGCACCAACGUCAGUCGGAACGUUGAUGUCUACUUUGGGCCGCGUAUGGCUGCCGAACCUCAGUCCUUGCAAGUUGACCUUGGAUCUGAGGCCAUUUUCAACUGUGCUUGGACAGGAAAUCCUUCUCUGACCAUAGUGUGGAUGAAAAGAGGCUCUGGAGUGGUUCUUAGCAAUGAGAACCUACUAACUCUGAAAAACGUGAGGCAAGAGGACGCAGGGAAGUAUGUCUGUCGUGCUGUUGUCCCACGUGUCGGAGCCGGGGAGAAGGAAGUCUCUCUUACAGUAAAUGGGCCACCUACUAUAUCCAGCACACAGACUCAGCAAGCAUUACACGGAGAGAAAGGUCAAAUAAAAUGUUUCAUUCGAAGUACACCUCCACCAGACCGCAUUGCCUGGUCAUGGAAGGAAACUGUUCUGGAGUCUGGAACCUCUGGCCGCUACACUGUGGAGACUGUCAACACAGAGGAGGGAGUCAUUUCAACACUUACCAUGAGCAACAUCGUCCCAGCCGACUUUCAGACCAUCUACAACUGCACAGCAUGGAACAGCUUUGGCUCUGACACAGAGAUCAUACGCCUUAAGGAACAAGGUGGGAGCCAAGAAUCUGUCCCAGUGGCUGUGAUCAUCGGCAUCGCUGUGGGAGCUUUCGUCGCCUUCAUUGUCCUAAUGGGCACCAUCAGCGCGUUCUGCUGCACCCGCUCCCAGAGAAAGGAAGUGCACCUGGUUAUGCCCUCACUGCCCGUCUCCAUCUGUGCUCACCAGAGAGAAGUUGCAAGCAAAAUUAAGACAGAAAAUCUGAAGGGAGUUGUGUCUGCAAAGAACGACAUCCGAGUGGAGAUUGUGCACAAAGACCACAAUGCGGCACGGGAAAAUGAAGAACACAACUCUAUGAAACAGCUGAUGGUGAGUGUUGAACGAGGAGAGUUCCAGCAGGAAUCUGUUCUGAAGCAACUGGAGGUGUUACAAGAGGAGGAGAAGGAGUAUCAGCACAUUAAGGACCCUACAAAUGGCUAUUACAGUGUCAACACCUUCAAAGAGCACCACACGCCUACCAUGACAGGGAAUCAGACCGCUGAGGUGAGGAACUCCACCAACACCAGUACCCUUGGCAAGCAGCGAGUGCCAACAGGCAUGUCCUUCACCAACAUCUACUCCACGCUGGGGGCAGGCCCCAACCGCCUGUACGACUAUGGGCAGCGCUUUGUGCUUGGAAUGGGCAGCAGCUCCAUCGAGCUCUGCGAGCGGGAGUUCCAGCGUGGCUCUCUUAGCGACUCCAGCUCUUUUAUUGACACGCAGUGCGACAGCAGCAUCAGCAGCUACAGUAAGCCGGAUGGCUAUGUGCAGUUUGAUAAAGACAGCAAGGCAUCUGCCUCUUCCUCUUCCCACUACUCCCAGUCAUCCUCACAGAACUCUGACCUCACCCGACCCCUUCAGAAGCGGAUGCAGACCCAUGUCUGACCACCAGAGAGGGAGGGUGUUUGGCUGAGGAACAGGAUUGUAAAACUGUUAAAGAUUCCACCUGCAGGAUCCCCUGAAGUAUCAGUGUUUGUAAAAAUUUCCUAUGGGACACUCAAACAACGACUGGACUUGAUGGACAUUGUGACCGGCUUAGACAUCAAAAUGUCCCCAAAAAAUGAAUCAAGAAGCCUUAUAUUUUCUUCAUGUUUGAAUCAUCAAUGCUCUCUCCCCUUUUUUUUUUUACCUAAAAUACAGAUGUGCCACUGAGAGCUUAUUUGCCAACACAGACACUACAAGUUCGGAAUUUGACUUGCGAUACUUGGUUUCUACAUUCAGAUUGUUAAGGAAUCAGAGAGCAUGAUUUCAAGGCUUUGUGUGACAAUCAGCUCUGCUGGCAUGGAUCUGAAGACUGUGACACAGAGAAAAAGUGAGUAUUCAGCGCAGCACUCUGCACAAACUGCCAGACAAUGAAACAAAGCCAACGUCCUGCUGCCCUCUUGUAGUUUAAAGCACAACAAUGAAUGUGCAUGUUAUUUUCUGUCUGUUAAAUUUAUAACUUGCAACAUUUCAUCCUUGCCCGUUCACACUGUGUGCUAAGGUUAAGUUGUUGCAGGCUGAGGAGAACUUUAAAGAAAUGCCUAUUUCCCCCCUCUUUUUCUAUAUCUGAGCUUCACAAGAAGAAGAGCAAAGAUCUCAAUUGAAUUUUCUGAGUCAUGUUUACACUUUGACGCUGCGAUAAAAGAACAUCAGUGUUCACACAUGACUGUAAUUUAUUUUCAAGCAUCUUAAUUUUUUGACUCAUUUUCCACAUAGCGCAGAAAUAUGCACAAGUACCUCUUCAUGUCUAUAUCUAUCUUGCCUUGAGGGUCUGUUUGAACUGGGUCAUUGCUAACUUACUAAGUGAGAUAGACUAACACUAUCAGCAGUCCAGCUUAUGUGGAGCUGCAUCCAAUAUUUUGUUUUGAUACCCAAUCUAGUUCCAAGACACAUAAAACAAGAAAGCUUACAAGCUACAACUUGCUUUUGUCAGUUGUUUUUUUCUUCUAAAUUUAAAGGUCAUCAACAACCCUGAUAAAUAAAAAGUAAACAUAAUGUUCUGGCUACUUGUGUGAAUAUCCUAUUAGUAUUGUCGGCAUCACUGUUGACACUGGGGCUUAGUGCAUCCUGACUGUAUACCUACUAGUGAUUGUGCUGGUCGAACAUGACAAACAGAUAGAGGCGGUUUUAUUUAUUUUUCUGUUUUUACAUUGGCUAUGAAGACGGUGGUGGAAACCUAAUGCCUGUUCUCUUCUCUUCUGUGUGUGACAUAUAUAUUAGGUUUUUCUCAGUACCUAGUUGCUUUUGCUGUACUCAGCCUUUAGCCACUCAGAUACUAACUUUCAUACCACAAUACCUCUUGUAAUCAUAAUUGUUCUUUUUAGGGGGCUUUGUGGGAAAACCCAGACUAUUUUCCAGAGAGUUUUUUAAAGUACCAAACCCUGCAAAUUCAAAUAGGUGAUAAGCCAAAGCUAUUAUAUCCAUUUCUUUCUAAGCAGAACCAACAAAGUGAUUUGUUUGUUUUGCCUGUGUUUUUAAAGCACAUGUAGAAAAAGGACAUUAUGCACUGUGCCUUCCAAAAGUGUUUACACCUCUUUAGCAGUUAUAUGUUUUUUUUUAAACUAUUGGCUUUAAUGUAUUUUAUUGGGAUUUCAGAUGAUCGACCAUCACAUAGUAAAACUAAAUAUGAAGCAAAAAGAAAAGGAUGUUUGUAUUUUACGCUAUUUAUCUUCCCAUCAAUUCUGUUGUACUCAGGGCAAUAUCCAGUGUUUGUUUUCCUUUACACAUAAAGUAUAAAGGCCAGAAAAUUAAGCUUUAGUUUCAUCUUGGCAGAUUCUUCUUCUGCAUGCCGAGUGGGACAUUGUAAAAUGGACUUCUUAUUGCCUUUUAUGUUUUCACCUUUCCGUACAAACCAAAUUUGUAGAGUGCGAGACUAAUAAUAGUAAUGUUGACAUACUCCUAACUGAGCUGCUCCUUCAAAAUUACCUCAUGCUCGCUUCUCCGAUUAAUGCUGUCAUUGCUUGGCUUGUUAGUUGGAAAACCCUACUCAUUCUAUUUCUGGACGAUGAAAUGGAUAAUGGUCUUCAAGGCUUGCAGAGCUUGUGAUAUUGCUUCAGAACCUAUCUGUGCUUCAGUACAUUCACCAAUUUGACAACGGGCAAGUUCGCUGUGUUCCUUCGACUUGAUGAUGCUGUUUUUUGUUUUGUUUUUCCACUAACAUCUGAGGCCUUCACAGAAAAAGCUGGAUUUAUACUGCAAUUAAAUCACCCAUAGUUGUGGUAUAUUUAAUAAGUAGGUGACUUCUGAUUGGAAUUGAUUGCACAUCAUUUUAUUUAGGGAAUACUUCACAGUUACAUACUGAUGUGUGCUGGUCUAUAAUAUAAAAGCCCAAUGAAAUGCAACAAAGUAGUUUUUCAUAACGCAACAAAAAGUUCAAGGGGUAUGAAUAUAUAUAUAUAUUUUUUUUGUGAGGCACUGUGCAUUGUGUAGUACAUAUAUGAUACCAACAUACAACCCUUCAUGUUUUCCUGCAUUUCAGAGGUUUACCCUGGGUUCACCUUGGAAUUACAUUUGCUUUAGUUAUCAAUAUUUUGAAAGAUAAACUACUGGGAUUCCUGGAACAACAAAUACUCUCACAAAGCUGGAACACUUUGGUUGAUUACAUUUUCUUUAAAAUUACAUUAAAAAUACACUAAGAGCAUAACAUGGAUUUCAGAAUGUCCUAUCUAAUUCAGUAGUUUUUUUUUUUUUUUUUACUUAGUUUGCACUGCUGGAGGCAGUUCACUGGGAUGAUCCUGUGUGAGCUUGAAACUUCCAGUUCAUGAAUCAUCAAGCAUUGUAUUUGAACAGAAGCAAGUUGUUGUUGUAAGCACUUUACACAUGAUCAUAUUCAAGGUAUUUGAAUGGGGUUUUUCCACUUGAGAGGCAGCAGUUUGGACUAAUUUUACAAAUGAAUUGGUGCCCAUUGUACAGCUUAAGACAAAAAGCUCUGUUUCAAUGCUGAUAAUCCUGCUUUGUACUUAACAGACUGUAUAUAAAUCUGUAAUACUGUCUUUCUCUGUAUAUAUUUAUAUAUAUUUUUUUCUUUUUCCUGGUUUUCAUUUCUUUUUCUGAGAUUUCUCAACAGCACAUUAGCUGUAGAGACAAACAAACAUAUGGUAUCAAAAUUAUUCAGAGAGACAAUAAUGUUCUCUUUGUUCCCUUUCCAAAAAUUUCAUCAAGCCUGCCUGUUUCUCACAAAUUACUCUGACAGCUCACAGGAGCUGUUUUCUCUUUCCAAAAGAUCUCACUGGGAAAACCAACAAUGCACGCACAAGGCUCUAAGAUGAGCUUAGGCAGGGACAGCUUUAAAGUGAGAAGCAGUAAGAGGUUAUUAUUCUGUCAGCCGAUGGGAAAGAUGCCCAGAUGCUUAGCAAUAUAUUGCAUUCAGCACCGUGAUGACUGUCAAGAAUGUCUGUCAUUAUUUUUUUUUUAGCCAUUAAGUUUUCUUUGUUCUUAUGAGUUUAAGAUAUUUUUUUCAUCAGUAGUAAUUGGAUUUAAAAGGGUUCCUAAAAAGAAUGAAGAAAAUAUUGAUUUUAUUUUUUUCCAGGUUUGGACUGGUAUGAAACAUUAUUCCCAUCUCCGUUACCUACAUCUUUCUUUCCUUCCAUCCACCCACCCACCCAUUAAUUUUGCAGGUUCCAAAUUAGAAAUGUAUUCAGUACAUCCAUAGUGAACAUUUACUAAAUAAAAAAACAAUGGCCAAUAUAUAUGUAAAAUUUCAGGAAAUUCAAGUCUGAAAACGUAUGACCAGAACAAUGUAUAUUAACACUAAACUACAGUAACUGAAUUGAACUAUACACUGUAUCUUUCUUGACACGUGUGGCUUUAAUCUAUAUUAUCUGUACAUAUUAUGAAUUCUUUUGUAACACUCCUUUACAAAAGUUAUCAGUACAGGAAAACUUUGCCAUUCUCUAUAAACUGCAGCUUCUGUACUGAUCCAAGCCUAACACAUUUUUCCAGUCCAAUGAAUGUCCUGCACUGCAAACAGAUAAAUAUUUGAUUGGCCUGCCUUCUGUCUCAUUCACCCCUAAAUGUUGGGCAUAAUGGCUAUUGCGGGCAAAGAAGUACUACAGGAUUUUAGUGCCAUGUUGGUCCCUGGAAACCGAAGUCCAUGUUGGAAAACUUGUGCCCCAUUCACCUGUGGACAGCUCACCGGCUGGUGCUGCCUGUUUGUCUGGCUGCGAGCAGCAAACAGAUGCCAGGACAUAACAGAUGAUUACACACAGAGACCCAGAACAAUUACAAGAGGUUGCUGCCCUUUUGUGAUAAAACAAGACACACCUCUUAGCGUGUAGGAUGCAGGAUAGUUCUUUAUUCAGGUAUGCUAAGGACAAGUUUCUUUUUAAGGUUGAAGUCUGAGCUCAUUAGCAGGAAAAAGUGCUGACGGCACCACCAAUUUUGCUCAGUCUGAAUAAACUAGACACAAUGCAAAAAGAAAUACAGAACGUUCUGGUGGUCAAUAUCUUGCCAUUGAUUGCAAACCAAAUCCCAUCAUCUAUGCUCUCCCCUUGUGUAUGAUAGUUGUUAAUAACCAUGGCAAAGCCCAUUAAAGCAGGUGCCAUUUGAGACAUUGAACUGAUCUUCAUAAACCUUUUAUAACUUGUAAAUGCUUUCUGUCUUUCGCUCUCUGUUUUUUCCUUUUCUACCAAUCAAUACCUUGUUAGUGCUGUGACAAAAUACAGGCAUAAGACCAACACUAAAAUAGUAUCUUCAGUUUAUCCUCGAGUUUUUGUUUUAGCCUUCAGACCACUUCUGUCAUGAUUUAGGUUUAGAUUGAAAACUGAAACAAUUACAGAAAAAAAGCAUCAAAAGUCAAUUGUUCCAGUUCUCAGUGAUUGGUUGAGUUGUUUUGUUCUCUUGAUUAUAGCAAGAGGUUUCACAUGACACAAGGUCAGAUAAAGUAAAUACGGUCAUGGUAAAAAGACAGAAGGACCCCUGUCAGUUCUAAAGUUGUGGCUUGUGACCUGGUUUGAGCCAGGUUCUGAAAGGGUUUAUAUUGUUCUUUAUAAUUACCAUGUGUUAUUUAUUAAACAAAAAUGAAUACAAAAUAUGAAAGUGAAAAGCUAUGUAUGAUAUGUACUUAAUACAUAAAACCCUGUCAUUUAAAGGGGGUGUACUUUCUUUUUACCAUGAACAUUCCACAGAGCAGUGGAGGCUUCUAAUGUAGAUGACACGGCUUACCUCCCGGGUUGUCAUGGAAUUUGGGGGCAGCUUUGCUGAUCAAAAUGAAAAAGUUAUGUCCAUUGAACAGCAGUUAUCUUCUUAAGUUUGCAUUGCAUGUUCAGCCAAUGCUGGAACCAACUGAGGUCUAUUUGAAAUUUGGUCUAUUUGAUGAUCUCGUCUUCAAAACUUUUAAAUGACUGGACUUUAAAGUGAAUGAUUUAUGAAAACUUUACUUCAAUCUUGAAAACACAAGUAAGACCUGAGGGGGAUUGUGAAUGGCAUAGAAGGACGGACUUGUCCACUCAACCAAGAAACACUGCUGCUUUAGAGGGUCAUUUUAAGAAUGUUAUAAAUAGUAACAAUGCACAUACAGCAACUUGACAGAAGACAAGAUGUAAAUUCGUUCGGGUCAACCAUUAUUUCAGGCAGUGGCUGUCAUAUAUCUGUAAAGAGAAAAAAAAGAAAACAGUUGUAUUUUAACAGUACUGGUCUGUGAAUCUAUGAUGCUUUUGCUCUGUAUAUUUGGAAAAUAAAACUGAUGUUUGAGUUUGCGUUUA